AUGUGUCCGAAUACGGGUAGGAAAAUAAUUCCGGCAUGGCGGGCCAAGAAAAGCCCGAGCAGGGGGACUAGCAAACUAAGAGCGGUGGAAGAAUGUGGAGCACUGCAGGUUCGGGGCAGGAUGUGUUUGUGAGGCUCAGCGGAUUAAAGCUGUGGUGAUGUCCAUGAGCGGCUGAGGAGCUGCUUUGAACCCGGCUCGGGGACGCAGGAUGGCGGCUGUGAGUGCAGCAGAUCCCCGCCUGUGACGCACCUCGUUUCCACCGCGGCUCCUUCAAGACUCGAGAAGAAAUCCGUGUGUUUACACUUAAUCCGAAUCAAAGCCAGCACGAUGAACAGAGUGAAAGGUGGGACGGUGACCUGGAGGCCGCAGCCAUGGCAGGAUGCUGACAACGGUGGCGGUGAGCCUCUCUCGGACAGUGACUCGGAGGAAGAGGAUUUUCCAGAUGACUCGACGACUCCUCUCGGAGAGUACAUUACUCAAGGCUUAAAGCAGCUCCUUGAUGCUCAGCAGUUGUGUGAUGUCACUCUUUUAGUGGAGGGAAAGAAGUUCAUGUGCCACAGGGUGCUCUUGGCUGCGGUCAGUCCAUACUUCCGUGCCAUGUUCACCAGCCCCUUGGUAGAAUCCCGGCUCACUGAGAUCCGUCUGGAAGAGGUGACCCCUUCGGUCAUGGAGACGGUGAUCCAGUUCGUCUACACAGGGGAAGCAGGACUCAGUCUUGAGACAGCAGAGGACUUGUUUGUGGCAGCCAACCGUCUUCAGGUCAUGCCCUUGCAGAAUCUUUGUUCCAGGUUCCUCUUUGAACACCUUUCUGUGGAAAACUGUUUGGGUAUGUACUCUCUGGCACGCUCGCAUCACGACCAGCUUUUACUCCGAGCCUCUUUGAGGCUGGUGGCUCAGCACUUUCCUCGAGUGGCACGCCAGAGAGACUUUCUCCUGCUGGACCCAGGCACCCUGGGAAGCCUCCUGGAAUCGGACCGGCUUGGAGUGGAAUCCGAGACGGAGGUCUAUGAUGCGGCACGGCGCUGGGCUGAGCACCGGCCCGCUGAGCGCUAUGUCCACAUGCCCACUCUGCUUCGUCACCUGCGCCCGGGUCUGCUGGCCCCUGAGGAGAGCAGGCGGCUCAACAAAGAGCUUGGGCCAAGGGCGGGCACUGAGGGUAUGGGAGGUCCUCUGAGGCCCCGGGAGGGCAUGCUGGAGAAGAAGAUUGUUUGCGUGGAUCUGAAGCCAAGGGAAGAUGAGGAUUUACGAGAGAGUGACUACACAGUGGAUUGUUUUGACCCACGCACAGGCAAGUGGGAGAAACUUUCAGCCCUCGGCUCUUUGUUGUGCCCAGGCUGCACGGCUGUCGGUGGCCGGCUCUUCGUAGCUGGUGGCAUUUUAAGAACAGGCCAGGUUUCAUCGUCGAUGCACGAGUACGAUGUGGUGCUGGACCGCUGGAUAUCACGGCCAUCUAUGGAGCAACCACGCGCCAUGUUCGGCUUCCUGGGCUCAGGAAACUUCCUUUAUGCCCUGGGUGGCUGCAACCGAUCAGCACUUCUCGAUACUUGUGAAACGUUCGACCUCACCACGUUAACGUGGGCACCGGGUCCACGUUUGCCAUUUCCUCUGCGCUCUUUUGCCUGCGCCACACUACGAGGUCGACUGUAUUUGCUUGGAGGCGCCACGUUGGAGCAGAACAGGGCCAUGGUGCAUGCUGGUGUGCUCAUCUACCACACCGGGACAAGGACUUGGAAUCGUGUUGGCCUUGAGUCUGGUGCCACCUGCCUGGCUGGAGGAGUAGCAGUACGUGGAGGAGUGUGCGCUGUGGGCGGGUACAUGCGCGACGCUGCUAAAUUUUUGGACGGCAAUUACACCCAGUUGGAACCACUUGACGCCACUGGGCGAGUUCUGUUUUUCCGGGAAGGAAGGGCAGUGGGGACUGACCGGGACGUCAUGGCUGGAGUAGAGAGGAUGGGAGGUGGUGGGGGGAGUGACCGCGCUCCCAGUCCAGUUGUUUUUCCAGGUCUGCCACGGCGCAUAGCUGCAGCAGGCGUUGCAAGGUGGAAACGUAGGAUUUACGUGUUGGGUGGUGAGAAUGGCUCAAGGUUUUAUGACAGUGUGUACUGUUGGAAACCUGGCUGGAGGAGCUGGGUACAGAGACGCGAGAAACUACCAGGAGAUACAGGCGGAGUGAGCCAGUUUGGGUGCACCACUCUGAAGUUUCCCAAAAAACACAUUUUAGCACGCAUUAGAACAGCCCUGGAGAAGCAGGGGAAGGAAAAGAGACGGAAACGAAAGACAGAGGAUGUGGAAAGAGGCCGGCAAACAAGAAGGGCAAAUCAGGAAGUAUGUCUUACAACUUGGAACAUGACACCUCUUUGGUGGCGGACCACCCAGGUUAUUGGUGAGCGUAAGUAUUGGAACCGUCUGAUACGAAUAUCCUUUGCUUCCAAGAACUGCAAACCUCACUGAACUACUUCUGCAUUCUUCUUUGGUGAUGCUUUUCCAGUCUUGUAGCGUAGCUUCUUUCACUGGUUUGUUGUUUGUGGGGUUUUUCUCUUCAGUUGGAUGAAGGUCUGCUGAAAGACUGCGAGGCCCGUGCCGGACCGGAGGCAGUGUAUGGUUUGGUAAUGGGCCUCCUGGGAGAGGAGGGGCUUGCAGGGAGGAGUGGGAAGCCAUCUGAGAGUUAUCAUUGCCAUUUGUUUGGCACCCGGUGUUUUUUGGUCCAGAGAGAUGAAAAUGGAUCUCCCAAAGUAAAACUGAGUUAGUGCUAGAAAAUGCAAUUCUGAAUUUCACGAAUGUAAUAAAGUAGAAUUAAAUGAAAUGACGACAAGGUCAAAACUGAGCUGCAUUUGACUCUGACAAACACAUUUAUAAGAACUUAUAAGAGACAUUAGUGCUGUAGUUAGGGCUGGUGUGUCCCUGUACUUGUCCAGUCGAAAACCUUCUUCUUUUCCCCUCGAUAAAGUCCCGUGUUGUGUUGCUGCAUGAUGCAAGUUCCUCCCAAUUAGAUUGGACGCAUUUCUCUGUAAACGAUCAAACAGAAUGUUUCUGUAGACUUCUGAAUUCAUUCUGUUGAUCCUAUCAUGAGUUUCAUCAUCAAUAAAGAUGAGCGAGUCCAUUCCACAAGCUGCCAUGCAAACCCAAGCCAUGACACGACCUCCACCGUGCCUGAGCUCGUAUGCCCUGUCGAGGGUGUUGUCAAUGCCUGAUUAUUGGUACACUAUUCCAAAUUGUAGUGGCUUUGUGUGGUGGCUCUGAUUUGAUUUUCUCUCUUUUCUCUGCUUUGAAAGGACUUGCUUUUCUCCCAUAGACAGCUCUCUGGUCUUACUGUUGGUUUAUCUUUUUUAUCAGCAAAUCCAUUCUUCACAGGUGAAACCCAAGGCUCAGAAGAAGACUAGACAAUUGGCACUAUUAAUUGCGUUAAGUCAAUCUACCAGAGCUCACACCUGGGCAAAAAGAAACACCAGUCAGUCACAUGUUCGAAUAUUUUUGAUCACUUGAGAAAUGGGUGGGUUCAAAUACAAUGUUUUAUGUUAACACAUCAUAAUCGAUAUUCUGGUCCAUCAUGUUUAUAGUUAUCUUUUGACCUCACACCCAGAUGUCUUUAGUGUGUAGGCAAACAAAAGAAGUGGCCUUGCGGUUCCAACACUUUUGGAGGAGACUGUCAAAACCAUGAAAGCAAAGUAUGAACCAAAUGGCUGACUUAUGUAUUUUCUUCUUGUGUAUAUGAACGCAACAACGCAAGUUUUACCAGAGCCAAAAAAAAGAAAACUCUUGGUCAACCUAUUUUCAUCAAAAACAGGUCAAGUAAAAAAAAAAAGUACCUGGUUUGUCAUACAAUGAGCUUUUUUGAAUUGAUAUUAUAUGCUACUUUGCAUCAUAAUAAAUAGUCAUUUUUACUGCA